GACACAUUCGGCAUCCCACAUGAACUACGAAAAUCCUCCGCCGUACCCCGGCCCGGGUCCCACUGCCCCUUACCCACCCUAUGCACAGCAACCGGGUGGCCCUCCUGGCCCGUACCCCGGCUACCCUCCCGGACCCACGGGGCCGUACCAGCCGGGCCAGCCGGGCUAUCAAGGUUAUCCCCAGUACGGAUGGCAAAACGCACCUCCGCCUCCUGGACCAGUGUAUGCAGAUGGGCCUAAAAACACAGUGUACGUCGUGGAGGAGCGGCGGAGGGACGACACGGGCGAGAGCGCCUGCCUGACGGCGUGCUGGACCGCGCUCUGCUGCUGCUGCCUGUGGGACAUGCUGACCUGACCCCGCGCCGCCGGGCCUCGCCGAGCGCCACGCAGGCUCCCCACGCCUGUCCCCACUCCUUUCUGUUACUGUAAUCAACGCUCUGCUUUGCACAGCCAAGGGUUCCCGUCUGUCAGUCCUAGCGCCUUGGUGGGGUGGGGGGUGCACUCCUUUAUUUUAGUAAAGGAAAAAAAAAAAAAACAACCAACCACACAAAUAAUCCCUUUUUAACAUUUCUAAGACUUUUGUCGUAACUUUGAAGAAUGUGCUACUGGUGUCUUUCAGCCAAAGGCAUUCUGAUGAAAUGUAUAUUUAUCAGUUGAAACUUUUCCUAGUCCUAGAAGUGAAGACGUACGCAAUAAUUAAAGCCAACGGUUGAUUUUCUUC